AUGCAUGAUGUUCUGUGCCCGCUGUAUUCCUACUAUCAGAAGCAUCCCGUGAAUUAUAUACUCCUUGGGGUGUUCACCGUGUCGCUUGCAUUUGCUGUGGGGUUGACUUGUUCGUACACCAGUGGGAAAGUUAUUCUUGAGGCAGUUAUCUUAACUGCUGUUGUUGUAGUCAGUCUCACUUUAUACACAUUUUGGGCUGCCAAGAGAGGUCACGAUUUCAAUUUCUUGGGGCCUUUCCUGUUUGGAGCUAUUAUCGUACUCAUGCUGUUUGCAGUGAUUCAGAUAUUUUUCCCAUUGGGUAAGAUAAGCUCGAUGAUCUAUGGUUGCCUUGCGUCCAUCAUAUUCUGCGGGUACAUCAUUUACGACACUGAUAAUCUUAUCAAGCGUUAUACGUACGAUGAGUAUAUCUGGGCUGCUGUUGCCUUGUAUUUAGACAUCAUCAAUUUGUUUUUGGCAUUGUUGGAAAUAUUCAGAGCUGCUGAUUCGUAG